UUUGAGCUUACUUUCCUCUUACUUCAGCGACAACCAUUUCUUCUUUUUCUUCUUCUGAAAAUGAAUUUUUCUAGUUUAUUUAAUCUGACUUUAGUGCUUGUAAGCAUUGUUCUUGCAAGCUCACUUCUUGCAAGAGUUAAACACGAGCAACCAGCCCCUCUUCACGAAAUGUCUUCGGAAGAAAAAUUGACAACGUUUCGCAAAAUUUUCGACCGAAUGGAUUCGGACAACAACCACUUAGUCGACACAGGUGAACUAAAAAGCUGGAUAGAUUUAAUUCACAAUCGCACAGCGGAAACCGCAAUUAAGUUCAGGUUCAGUUUUCUGGAUGAAAACAAGGAUGAGCAGAUUUCUUGGAAAGAGUUUAGGUCAUUAACCUUUUCGAUGAACAGUGAUGACCUUGAACCAAAAAACUACACGCAGGAACAGUUCAGAGAUCUGGAGAAGGCAUUUCGCGCGGACAGACUGAGAUUUCAGGUGGCGGACUUGGACCAGGAUGACUCACUGAGUGUGAAUGAGUUCAGAGCAUUCGCCAUCCCUGAGCUCUUCCCUCACAUGCACUUCCACAUGGUGCAGGAGACCAUCCUGGAUCUAGACUGGGACUCGGACGGGAAUCUCUCGGUGGACGAGUAUCUCUCCGCCAUUCUACAGAGCAAUGACGAAUUUCCAAAUGACGUCACAAGCCGAGAGUACGACUUCUUCUUCAGCUCGCGAGACAAAAACGGAGACGGCAAAAUGGACAAGAAUGAAGUGAAAGAGUGGAUCGCACCGAGUCACUUCGACCCACACGAAGCCGAGGCCGAAUAUCUCAUUCGAGAAGCCGACUCGGACAAAGACUCGCAACUGAGCUUCGACGAGAUUAUGAAAGACUUGAAUGUUUUUCUGAACAGCGGAGCCACCAAUUUCGGCAGAGAAAUUCACGAAGAGCUAUGAGUUUUUGCUCCGGCUUGAACGCUUAAUGAGCAUUUUUGUAAUCCAGACAUAUGUAAAUGAUUUCAAUCGCAAAAUUAUGGACAGAUAAUUUGGAACUGCAGUUGUAUCAAAUGAUUAUAACAAUUGUAACAAGAAUUUUUUUUUUGA